GAGACACGGUGGACAGGAACGGCAUCGUGAUGGCCAACAGCGCCCGCCGGCUGGAGGUCGUCAGGAACUGCAUCACAUACAUCUUUGAGAACAAAAUGCUGGAGGCCAAGAAGUUGAUGCCGGCCGUGCUGCGGGCGCUGAAGGGUCGGGCGGCGCGGGUCUGUUUGACUCAGGAGCUGAAUCAGCACGUCCUGCAGAACCGAGCCGUGCUGGACGACCAGCAGUUCGACUACAUCGUCCGCAUGAUGAACUGCACCUUACAGGACUGCUCACAUAUAGAUGAGCACGGUAUUGCAGCGGCGCUCCUUCCUCUGGUCACAGCCUUCUGCAGGAAAAUGGGCGCGGGCAUCACUCAGUUUGCCUACAGCUGCGUGCAGGAUCACAUGGUCUGGGCCACGAUGCAGUUCUGGGAGGCCAUGUUCUACAGCGACGUCCAGAACCACAUCAGAGCUCUGUACCUGGAGGGGGAGGAGGGAGAGCAGCAGAACAACUCGGAGCAGCAGGAGAUCAGCGCUCUGGAGCUGGCGUCAGAGCAGAGCCGGCUGUGGCCGACGCUCGGGAAGGAGAUGCAGACGGAGCGCGUGCAGAAGGAGGAGAGCACGGUGUUCAGCCAGGCCAUCCACUACGCCAACAGGAUGAGCUACCUGCUGCUGCCGCUCGACACCAGCAAGAACCGGCUGCUGAGGAACACCGGCCUGGGAGACGUGGAGAGCGUCAGCAACUCCUACGUCACCAACAGUAUUGCAGGCAGCAUGGCGGAGAGCUACGACACAGAGAGCGGCUUCGAGGACGCAGAGAGCUCCGACGUGGCCAACUCCGUGGUUCGCUUCAUCAACCGCUUCGUGGACAAAGUGUGCAACGAGAGCGGCGUGACCAACGAGCACCUGAAGGCUCUGCACACCAUGAUCCCAGAUAUCGUUCAGAUGCACAUCGAGACGUUAGACGCAGUCCACAGGGAGAGUAAGAGACUCCCCCCGAUCCAAAAGCCCAAGCUCCUGAGGCCCACCCUCCUCCCCGGAGAGGAGCUGGUGAUGGACGGCAUGCGGGUCCAUCUGAUCCCCGACGGCCGGGAGGAGGCCACGGGGCUGAUGGGAGGACCGCCGCUGCUGCCUGCUGAGGGCGCCAUCUUCCUCACCUCGUACCGCCUCAUCUUCAAGGGGACGCCCAACGACCCUCUGGUGGGGGAGCAGGUGGUGACUCGCUCCUUCCCCAUCGCCUCUCUGACCAAGGAGAAGAGGAUCUCCGUCACGUUACCCAUGGACCAGUUUGUCCAGGAGGGGCUCCAGCUGCGCUCCUGCACCUUCCAGCUGAUGAAGAUAGCGUUCGACGAGGAGGUGGCUUCAGACCAGGCGGAGGGUUUCAGGAAACACAUGCACAAGCUCCGCUACCCUCAGCACGUCCAGGGCACCUUCGCCUUCACUGUGGGGCAGAGCAGCAAGCUGGUGGUGGAGCACAAGACCAAGGACAAGAACCAGUCGCUCAAGACACUCUCCAAAAACCUCGUGAAGAGCGCCAAGAGGACGAUCGGCCGGCAGUAUGUGACCAGGAAGAAAUAUUCCCCCCCCACCUGGGAGAACAGGAGCAGCUUCCAGUCGGAGCUCGACGAGGACGAGAUCUCAGUCUCGGAGGAAGUGGACCAGAGUUCGCUCACCCUCUCCUCCACCAUGCGCUCGUCCGACCGACAGACCAUGAGCAACGUCGUGGAGCGGGCCUGUUGCCGUGACUACCAGCGUCUGGGUCUGGGCACGCUCAGUAACAGCCUGACGAGAUCCAAGAACGAGCCGUUCAGGAUCUCAACCGUCAACCGCAUGUACACGGUCUGCAGGAGCUACCCCGGGCUGCUGAUCGUUCCUCAGAGUAUCCCCGACACGACCAUCCAGAGGAUCUCCCGCUGCUACAGACAGAACCGUUUCCCCGUGGUCUGCUGGAGGAACUCGAGAACCAAGGCGGUGCUUCUGCGCUCUGCGGGACUCCACGCCAAGGGGGUGGUGGGCUUCUUCAAGUCCCCCAACGCCCCCGCUUCAGGGCCGUCGCAGGCCGACUCCACCAGUCUGGAGCAGGAGAAAUACCUGCAGGCCAUCAUCAGCUCCAUGCCUUCAUACAACGAGAGCAGCGGCAGAAACACACUCAGCGGAUUCACAUCUACACACAUGAGCACCUCCGACUCCUCGGAUAAGCUGAGGCAGCCUAAGAUCGGCGCUCUGAUGAAGCAGGUGAUGGGAACCAAGGAGGAUGUUCCCGGGACGUUCAGCCGAGGAGCUCUGGGUCAAAGGGCGAAAGUCAUCUCCCUCUCUCAGGCCAAAGGUUCUAGCAAGGCCAGGAACCCUCCUAGAGGUAAAUGGGGCAGUAUUCGGGGCAGCGGGCGUCUCAGCGCCUACAACCCGGACGUGGGGAACCGCCUGGCGAGUAAAGAGUCCGCGCAGUCCAACGGAGGGCCGAGCGAGGCGCUGUUCCUCCGCCAGCAGAAGGCUUACCUCUACAUCAUCGGAGACAAGGCCCAGCUCAAGGGAGGAAAGCAGGACUCGUUCCAGCAGUGGGAGGUGGUUCCCAUCGAGGUGUGUGACGUGCGGCAGGUGAAGAACAGCUUUAAGAAGCUGAUGAAGGCCUGCGUGCCGAGCACCUCCACCUCCGACCCCAACAUGAGCUUUCUGCGCUGCCUGGAGGAGUCCGAGUGGAUUUCUCUGCUCCACAGGGUGCUGCAGGUGUCCGUGUUGGUGGUGGAGCUUCUGGACUCCGGCUCAUCCGUCAUGGUCAGCCUGGAGGACGGCUGGGACGUCAGCACACAGGUGGUGUCUCUGGUGCAGCUGCUCUCUGAUCCGUACUACCGGACGUUCGAUGGUUUCCGGCUGCUGGUGGAGAAGGAGUGGCUGUCGUUCGGACACAGGUUCAGUCACAGAGGAGCUCAGACACUCGGCAGCCAGAGCAGCGGCUUCACCCCCGUCUUCCUGCAGUUCCUCGACUGCGUGCAUCAGAUCCACCUCCAGUUUCCCAUGGAGUUUGAGUUCAGUCAGUACUACCUGAAGUUCUUGGCCUAUCACUACGUCUCCAACCGCUUCCGCACCUUCCUGCUCGACUCGGACUACGAGCGCAUCGAGCUGGGAGUGCUAUACGAGGAGAAGGGCGAGAGGAAAAGCCCCCAGGUGUGUAAGUCUGUGUGGGAUUACAUCGACAGACUCAACAAGAAAACACCCGUCUUCUACAACUACAUGUUCUCUCCUGAAGACGACGAG